AUGGUAUCUCUCUGGCGGUCUUCAUUCUUUAGACGUUACUCUCUUUCCCCUUUUCCAGCCACAGUUCGCCGUUACACUCAAUCUCGACAAAUGUCUGUAGUCUCAAACGCAUAUCCAAAUAUCUCUGCGAAGUUGAUGGAGGUUUUGAAACCUCAUCUACCAAAGGCCUCUCCAGAAUAUGACCCUUCUACUUUGUCGAACUACACCAACUUCAAGGUUUCUAAUACAACUCUGAAUUUGGAUGUUCUCUUCCAUGAAAAGAAACUAUCUGGAUCCAUAUCCUUCAAUAUCCAAACGUUGUUUGAUGUUGAAAAAAUUGUCCUUGAUAGCUCCUACUUGAACAUCAAAAAAGUUUCCAUCAAUGAUUCUCCAAUCCAUGACUACACCGUCGAGGAUAGAAUCGAACCAUUGGGUUCUCCCCUAUGUAUCAACCACCAAUUGGCAACUAACGAAGAGUUCAUUUUGAAAAUCGAGUACGAAACAACAGACAACUGUACCGCUUUACAAUGGUUGGAACCAGCCCAAACUGAUGGUAAGAAAAAUCCUUAUUUGUUCUCCCAGUGUGAACCAAUCCACGCAAGAUCUUUUUUCCCCUGCUUUGAUACACCAGCAAUCAAAUCGCCAUUCACCUAUUAUUUCAAUUCUCCAUUGAACACACUAACUUCCGGUUUAUUAAAGGAGAAAAAUGGCACUAUUUACCAUUUUGAACAACCUGUUCCAAUUCCUUCUUAUCUUGUUUCGAUCGCAAGUGGUGAUUUAACUGAUGCAGAUAUCGGUCCAAGAUCUAAAGUAUACUCCGAACCUUCAUUUAUUGAUAAGUGUCAAUAUGAAUUUGAAAAAGAUACUGAAAAUUUCAUCCAAACCGCCGAAAAUAUCGUAUUCCCAUAUGAAUGGAGAGAUUACGAUGUUCUAAUUUUGCCUUCAUCAAUGCCAUUUGGUGGUAUGGAACACCCUAAUUGUACUUUUGCUACUCCAACCUUAAUUUCGGGCGAUCGUGAGAAUGUUGAUGUUAUAGCUCACGAAUUGGCACAUUCUUGGUCUGGUAAUUUAGUCACCAACUGCUCAUUUGAGCAUUUUUGGUUGAAUGAAGGUUGGACCGUUUAUCUUGAAAGAAGAAUCCAAGGUAAAAUCCACGGUGAAUCAUUCAGACAUUUUUCCGCCAUUAUCGGUUGGAAUGAUUUGACUAACUCAAUUCAGUCAAUGGGUGAAUCUGCAUCCAGAUUCUCCACUUUGGUCCAAGAUUUAAAGGAUCGUACUGAUCCGGAUGAUAGUUUUUCAACCGUUCCCUACGAGAAGGGUUUCAAUUUAUUGUUCCAUAUCGAACAAACAUUAGGCUCAAAGGAAGCUUUUGAUCCAUUUAUCAAGUACUAUUUCAACAAAUUCAAAUACAAAUCUCUAGAUACUUAUCAAUUCUUGGAUACUUUAUAUGGAUUUUACUCCGAUAAGAAAGAUGUGUUGGAUACAAUUGACUGGAAGACUUGGUUAUACACUCCAGGUAUGCCUCCACAACCUAAAUUUGAUACCACCUUAGUCGACGAGUGCUAUGAUUUAGCCGAAAAGUGGGUGAAAACAAUAAGCGAAAGCCCUGAAAGGCUACCUGAGACUUUCUCAUCGAAUGAUAUUGAAUCUUUUGGUGCUAAUCAAAAUGGUGUUUUCCUUGACAAACUAGUAUCUUAUGAAGGCCAAAAUGGUUUUACCUGGAAGUCCAAUGAUGGCAAGAAGGCUCUCGAUUUGAUGGCGAAGGUUUACAGCAAAUAUCCAGAAUCCCACAAUGCAGAAGUUAUUUUCAGGUGGUUCAGAUUAUUAAUUGCUGCUCAUGUAAAGGAAGCUUAUCCAAAGCUAGCUGACUGGCUAGGUACUGUUGGUAGAAUGAAAUUUGUUAGACCUUCCUAUUCUAUGUUGAACCAAGUUGACCGAGAAUUAGCUCUUGCUACAUUCGCUAAGUACGAAACGAUUUAUCACCCAAUUUGUAGAGCUAUGGUUAAGAAAGAUUUAGGUCUUAAUUAA